UCCCUCAGGGCGGGCCCGCAGCGCGAGACGGCGCCUCGGGGCCGGGCGGCGCCUCACGGGCGGAGCGGCCCCCGGGCCGGGCGGCGCAGGCGCCGGGCGGAGCGGCUGCCGCGGAGGCCCCGCACCGGGUAAACACACCGGGUGAUCGCCGGGAAUCCCCCGGGCCCUCAGUGCUAAAUUUGCCAUCCCUCAGAAUCAAAGUGCAGCCAUCCCCAUCCCCUCUGGUAUCUGAGGAACAGCUGAAAUGCAAGGGAAGUUUUUCUGCUAAAUCUUCUUUUUAAUGUGACAGAAAAGUUUGCUUUGGUGUUAACACAAUGCUCUUGUGGUGAAGAGUGCUGGAGUUCUUCACUGUUUUAUCAUAUUUAGCAAUGCUGAACUCUGUGCUAUGCCUGGUAAUAACGAAGUCAGGGGUAUUUGUUGGGGGUUGGGUUUCUUUCUUUUUUACUUACAGAAUUUUUUCCCGUGAGUUGCUAGGAAAGUGACUACUGUAUUUAUGGGUACUUAAAUAAAACAAGAGAGGGGCCAAGGUUGAGAAAGGAGCGUAGCAUGUGACUACACUUCAUUUUCUCUGGGAGUUUCUGAGGGGAGGCGGAUGAUACGGUUGGAUCUUGGGACAGGUAAAGGACCAGGAUGGGGGCAGCUGCUCUCUCUGGGCUCCCUCCUGCCUUCCUUAGCAGACACCUGUCUUUCAAACCAAGACAGCAUUGAUUCACUCAUAUAAUACAGUUUCAUUGUGUAUAUUGCCAGCAUUUUCCUUGGGAAAAAAUAUGGAAUUGAAUUUAAAGCUGCUUAAUGGAGAGCUGAGUUUUUAAAAAGCUCCACUUUAAUUUUUUUCAUGUAAGUUUGUUUCAUUUUUUUUGAUACACCUUGUUACACCUGACCUAAAUACCUGAAUUUCUUGUUAUAUUCAGUGAUACAGGAUGCUGUUUCCUUUGGUAUUGUGUGCAGUUAUGCUGAUAGGGAGCUGUAAAAUUCAAGAAGAUGAAUGGAUUGACCCCACGGAUAUGCUCAAUUAUGAUGCAGCAUCAGGAACAAUGAGAAGACCUUAUAAGCCAAGCUAUCAUGAUUCUGAGGAAAAGGCUGUGGAUGAUUCCGUCAGUACUGAAAUCUCGAGUUGUUCCAGGGUAAUAGAUUCCUUGCAACACAAGAUUGCAGAGUGUGAGAAGAGGAAUGCCAAAUCACAUGAGAGCCGUAGCUUUUAUAUUUUUAAGCGAUACUUGAAUAAGAUUUUAAAUGAAGCUGGAAAACUUGGCCUUCCUGAGGAAAAUGUGGACCGUGUCCAUUAUGAUGCUGAGAUCAUUCUUACAAGACAGACAUAUUUGGAGAUCGUCAGGUUUGUCAAUGAGGAGGCCUGGCAGCCAGGUGCCCUGGAUGAGGCACUGAGUGAUAUUUUGAUCAAUUUUAAACGCCACGAUGAGCAAGCUUGGCGGUGGAGAUUUGAAGACGCCUUUGGAAUUGAUCUAUAUAAUUUGUUUUUGCUACUCUUGUGCUUGGUGUGCAUUGUAACCGUAAUAACUGCAGAACUCUGGACACGUGUUCUUUGGUUAGUUCAGCUGAAACGUUUUAUAUUAUUAAAUUUUUUCAUCAGCUUUGGAUGGAAUUGGGUUUACUUAUUUAAGAAGGCCUUUGCUCAGCACCAGGCAGAGAUCGCCAAGAUGGGGCAGUUCGACGAUGUCUGUGCAGAGAAGCUGGACUGGAAGGGAAGUCUCUUUGAAUGGCUUAGAAGUGUAUGGACAUUUCGGGAUGAUCCCUGUCAGAAGUAUUAUGAAACUCUGCUUGUAAAUCCUGUUUUGCUGGUUCCACCAACAAAGGCUUUGGCAAUAACUUUCACUCACUUUGUAACUGAGCCUUUGAAGCACGUAGGACAGGGUAUUGGUGAAUUCAUCAAGGCACUCAUGAAGGAGAUGCCGGUAAUUCUGCAGGUUCCAGUGCUCAUUAUCAUGGCUCUGGCUGUCCUGGUAUUUUGCUAUGGUGCAGGAUCAUCAGUGUCUGCAUUAAGAUACUUAAUGUCUUCUCAGAGGAGAAGUCUUCCUCCACCUGCCAAUGAGCAGGAGCAAAUAGCCUUUGGGCAGUACGAUGGGAGGACAGUAGAAGAGUAUUAUGUGCAGAGGCAUCAGUAUGUCCCCAGAGGCCACCAGGACAGAGGGGAUGCUUCCACAAGGCCUCUCCCCACAGGGAGAGCGAGCAAUGGCAGCAGGAGCCCGGGCACGGCGCACGCCAGCGACGAGCCGGAUGCACAGAACAGGUUGUACACCGAAUCUGAAGUUCGACUUGAAACUCUCCAAGCUGAAAACUUUACUGAAGAAGCUGCAAUUAAACAGCAAAAACAGGAGACAGACCAAGCAGAGGGAGAGACUGGAGGAAACGGUGACCCUAAUAAAAGCCUAGAAGGGAAAAGUUCUGCUGUGGAACCAUGUGAAGAGAAGAAAGAGAAUGUUUUACAUGACUCCCAGGAAAGAGACUAAGGAAGACCCAGGCUCUGCUGUGGGGUAGAGGAUGUUGCCACUGAAGCAGCUGGGAGUCUGUUUUUCUCCUGGAAGCAGCACCUCUGAUCAUCCAUCCUGUUACUCUGGAACCGACUCAGCAGAUCAAAGAACCCUUCGUCUGCCAUCGUCUCACGACUGCUUUUCUGAAAAGGAGAAGAUUUAGGGUGUUUGACCUCAGAGUGCCUACAGCCUACAGCUGUGACAACUGCAUCACAGUUUCAGUUCAGUGAUAUAUAUUUUCGUAUCUGAAAUUUAUUAAAUGAUUUUUUUAGUAAACCAUUUCUAUAGCCAGAGAUCUAUCACAGGAGAAGAUGCUAAUGCUAGGGCAGCAUUUUGAAGAGUGAACUAUAUUAGAAAUGUUUCAUUCUCUGAAAGGGAAGAACCAGUGCUCUGAUCAUGGUACAAUGAGAAUUAUUCCUCCUCAGCCCUUAGUCCAACAAAACCCCAAAUGCCCAUGAGAGGAAAAAGAAACAAGAGCAGCAAUGAACAGUUGCCAUUGUCUCCCCACCAAAUGCCUCAGAUCUUUUAUUUUGAACUGACACAUCUCAAGAGUGUAAUAACAUAAAAAGUAUGUCCAAAAUAUUUCCCACUGCCUGAAUCAGAAAAACUAGAUUUUGUUAACUUUGGAGGAGUAGGGUCUAGAAGAGAUUUAGAAAUAAAAGUUACUUGCUAAGCUCUAACUUUAAAAAUCCACCACAAAUAAAAUGUUUCAGUAAUAGGAAAAUCAGAAAGCUGGCACCACCCCUGAGAGAGCUGUAAAAUGACAGAUUCUGCAUCAGUUUAGAGCCACAGUGUUUAAAUCAAAUUAAACCAAACAGGACAGCUGCAGGAAGGUGUUUUAUACAAUUCUGAUCACACAAAGAUGAGUAAAGGCCAUGAUCUCCACAGCCCACCACACCUACCCUCUGAGAGUUUGGGAGUCGAUGAUCAAUGGAAUUACUGGCAUCCUGCAAAACUUUGGAGGUGGUGCCGUUUUUGUACUUUUUGCCUUUUAGUCGAUUUACAAAAUGAAGUUUUGCUGAAGUUUUGGCAACCAGGGGUUUCUGUUUUGCAAGAAUCUCACUGUUCCAGUUUGGAACCUAAGAAAACAAGAGUCAGGAAAUAAAGCCUUCUGAUUUGAUUUACCAUUACUGUUUCUUCUUAUGUGCUGCUGCUUUUCCUCCCCAAAAUGAGGGAGCUUUGCACUAUUUUGUUCUUGCAGCCACAAGGAUGUGGUUAUGAGGCCUGAGCUGCUGUUAGCAGGUUAGUGUUGUUACCAGUCAGUCUGAGAAUUGAACUGAGUAGUAACACCUCAUGGAUUAAAAUAUGAUCAGACAGUGGUUUUAAUUAAACAUGCUGCAAUUGUUUGUGCUGGCUGCAGUGCAGGAAAGGCAGUUAAUAGAAGUGCUGAACUGCAGGCACAGCUGGCAUUUCCCACUUCACAUUUUAAAACUGGAAAGAAAAAAAAAUUUAAAAACCCAGUCCAUACUACAAAGUGUUAGAGCAAAAUAAACCCUUAUAUAAAUGCAACUAUUCAACCAGCCUUCCAUCAAGUUUUCAUGUACACAAACUUCCUAAUAAAAACUGAAAAGAGGGAGACAAAUGCCAGCACAUGAACAAACAAGAAUAACCACCUCUUUUCACUAAACAACAGAAUAGAUAACUUUAUCAACCUGACAGUUUUUCUCUAAAGCUUCCUCUAAAAUAAACAGAAUUAUCCACAA